CCUUAAAAAACUUUCAGCUGAUUGGAUCGAAAGAAAAACCCAACAGGAAAUUCUCUAGAAACCGCGGGAAUAUACGAAUAAUCUGUUUAUCUUCGCUGUCGUCGUCGGGAAAAAUCUCUAAUAAUUUUGUUGUGGGAUUUGUGUUUUGUGGUAUGCUUGUGAGUGAAAAUGGUGGCCGAAGCUAAGAUCAUGUGUCCGCAGAACGUUGAAGUGUUUGCUAAAGGGAUGAACGUUCGUGAGGUUGAAGAUGUAGUUGCAUCGAUUUCGCCAAAGAGUUUUGACCCAAGUCGCCCUCUGGAAUUUGUCUCCCCUGCUGCUGCUUUGAUAUCGAACUCCCAACCUGAUGUUAAACCAGCGGAUAAAGUUUCAGACUUGGCUCCUGAACCAGCCGACCUGAGAUUCUUUCCCAGGCUCCGUUCUGGUAGCUUCGCUGACAUUGGACCGCGUAGAUACAUGGAAGAUGAACAUAUACUGAUAGACGAUCUAUCUUCACACCUGGGAUCGCUUUUUAGUUUUCCCACCCCAAGUGCUUUUUAUGGGGUAUUUGACGGACAUGGAGGACCUGAAGCAGCAGCUUAUGUUCGAAAAAAUGUGAUGAGACUCUUGUUUGAUGAUGUCAAUUUUCCCCGAGCUAGUGAAGUUAAUAAAAUUUUCUCAGAGGAGCUCGAGAAUACUCUCCGUAAAGCAUUUCAUCAGGUAGACCUUGCUUUGGCAGAUGACUGUAGUGUAAGCAGUUCUUCUGGGACGACAGCAUUAACUGCCAUGAUCUUUGGAAGGCUUUUGAUGGUAGCCAAUACUGGUGAUUGUCGAGCUGUUCUCUGCAGGAAGGGAGAGGCAAUUGAUAUGUCCCAAGACCAUAGGCCAAUAUAUCCCUCCGAACGGAAGAGGGUUGAAGAAUUGGGGGGAUAUGUUGAUGAUGGGUAUCUGAAUGGUGUCUUAUCAGUUUCCCGAGCCUUAGGUGACUGGGACAUGAAGUUUCCUCGUGGUUCUGCUUCACCCCUUAUCGCCGAACCAGAGUUCUGUAGGAUGGAUUUAACAGAGGAAGAUGAGUUUCUCAUUAUAGGGUGUGAUGGGAUCUGGGAUGUGAUGUCAAGUCAGCAUGCGGUUAGCCUUGUGCGCCGUGGCCUGCGGCGGCAUGAUGACCCAGAGCAGUGUGCCAAGGAUCUUGUCAUGGAGGCUCUUCGCCUCAACACGUUUGAUAAUCUUACUGUAAUUGUUGUAUGCUUCUCUUCUCUUGAUCAGCGGGAACCAUUAUCACCGCCUCGGGAACGGAGAUUUAGGUGUUGCAGCCUCUCUGCUGAGGCUCUCUGUAGCCUGAGGAGCUUGUUGGAUACAAGUGGUUGAUUGCACAUACAACUUCUCCAGUAAACGUCUUCUUGGCAAGAGACUGUUCAUACAUUGUUUUGGCUGCUUCAGUUAUGAGAUGGCAGCUAGCAGUUUUGUCAGUGUUUCACUUUCUCGUCUCCGCCUCGCAUUGAGCUUGGCUCAGGAUUGAUGUACAUAUAUAAGAAAGGGGAGGCGGAUGGUGGUUGUGUUGUAAAAGCUGUAUGUUGAGGCAUUCUUUUCGUUGGAAGUCCAGAGAGACUGUCCGUCUGUUGUAGAUCCACUCAUUUGUAUACAUGUAAUCAGAUAAUUCUGAGUAUCUUCAUUUUUUCAGCUUGUCUCUUCAUUA